AUGAUACGCCAGAUCGGAUUGGAUAUUGCUAUACAAGACUUCGACUUGUCCCCUGAUGCGUCGAUGUUUGUAGCAGUCUCAGGAAAGAAUUUGGCCAUUGGAAGCACUAGAACUGAAGAGCAGCCACUCAAAAUGUCCAUUGGAAAUAACACAACAGAUGCCUCUUUUUCUCCCGAUUGGCCAACUUCCUCGCUUCUCGCAUCUGCCAAUUCUGAUACUGUCCAGAUAUGGCGGGUUGAUACCGGAGAUUGCUCUACCGAGAGUGUUACUUACUAUGACUUAUCUGUAGCUAUAUCGCCAGGAUCAAAAUAUGUGGCAGCACGAAGUCUCGAAGGGUACAUCGACAUACGGUGUGGCAAGAGCGGCGAGUGCAUUCGAACGCUCAACAGUGGUAAUUCUUGCUGGGGCUGCCCCGUUUUCUCACCCAACUUGGAGUUUGUUGCCUGUGCUGAAGGUAAUCGGGCUGAUGUCUGGAUCUGGCAUCUUACCACUGGGGAGACUCUUCACCUGCUCAAAAGCCAUAGGGACAAUGGUUGGAUUCAGAAGAUGGUAUUUUCAGACGAUUCAAAAUACUUGGUUGCGGGUUAUGACAAGAAUGAGGCGAGGGUCUGGUGCGUGGAAACUGGCAAAUGCUUAUUUAAAAGUGGCGAAAUCAAUGGCGACGACAGCAAUCAUGACUAUCGUGACUAUCUUAACAUUGUGGCGUUGGCAAUUUCUCCCGACACAAAAUAUGUGGCGAGAGCCUCUGAAAAGUGGUUGGGGCGGGGGAUUCAUGGUGUUUGGGGAUAUGAAGUGCGCAUCUGUGAUUGGCGCGCGUGCCACGACAUUUCCAGCUUUGGCCCCAAGCAACCAAACCGAAAUAUCAAAUUUUGCAUUGGUAGCCUCACCUUUUCGUCUGAUGCUACGAUUUUAGCAGUUAUUUGCCAAGUGGGUGAAAUACGGGACGAAAGAUACAUGUAUGAACAAGUACCUAUGUACGAGGCCCAGAUCUGGAAAGUCGCUACCGGUACUUUCAUCACUUGUGUUGCAAUUGGGGAGAGCUUCAGCGAGCCGUUCUUUGACCCCAUAACGAACAAAAUACUCACAGAUCGUGCUGGUUUCUGCAAACUAUCCUCGUGGGAGCACUGGAAGGAAUUCUCAUGGAGGGCAUACUCGUUGUGGCAACCCAGUGGGGAAAGGCCUUGGGUUUGUUUUGGUGGAGAACAAAUCUUCUUAAUACCCGAGGGAUUUUGUCCAAGUGAUGAACUAGGAGAGUAUGAGAUAAUGUCAUCCUCCUUGUUGGCAUAUACGACUUCUGCGGAUGAGAUAAUGAUUAUCCAACUUCCUAACCAACAUGAAUCACAGAGACUGGGAAUCGUUGCAUUAGAUUCCGACAAUGUCGGUGAUUCUAGCUUGCGUGCUGAUGACGCGAGCUCUAAAGUCGUUGGCUAUCUACCAACGGGUAAAUCUGAUCCAGACGAACCCAAAGUUAAGAGUCUAAGGUUGUCGCAUUUUUUGGAGUAA